GUUUGCCACGGCUAUGCAGAUGCACAUGUAACAGUAUUGGGCAACACCAUCUGCCAGUUGGACUCUUCAGCCGGGCGUACUACCCACACCGCUGCCAAAAGAAACCGAGCUAUCCACCGACUCGGCGAUCACUGCAGGUGUGACAACGUCUCACAGUGGGUGUGGCAGAAUUUGCGACCAUCUCUAUUUCUCUCUCUCUAGAGGCCUUUAGAAAUUCUCUGCGUGCAUCAUACGUUGACAACUUUAACGCCAUCGCGCCUCCAUCGCUGCCCACCUCAGGAGUAACUUAGAAUAUUGUACCAUCCACGGUCUGAUAGCGAUUAUGCCGGCACACCAGCCUGCCCAGCAGAAGGCAUCGCUUGAGCAGCAGAUCAUCGAGGGACGAUACAUCGAGCGAGACAAGUUGAUGAAAUUGCUGGAACAUACUUUUGGGAAGGGAAACUUCGUUGUCCGGCUCCAGCUAAAUAGGUGGAUCCUUGCCGUACCAAUGAAGCUAACGGAGGAGCAAAUCGACACGUGUUGCUCACUCGAAUGAGAAAUUACUCUGCCACGAUAUCUAUCCACUUUCACCAACCUUCUAGUCCUUUCGGGCACAAGAUCCUCCAAGAUUCUCGCCAGGCGCAAGAACUUCUUACGAAACCUUCAGCAUGCGAUAAUAGACAUCAAGUUUCAAUAUACUCGUUUCGGGCAGGUUUAGUCGGCGCAGCAUACUUUGGCAUAUAUUGAUAGGUUCCCGUCAUGGAGUAAUCGUUUAGUCAAGGAGGAGGAGAGUCGAGAAGUAAAGUUAUCAAAUGCAUGAAUUUGUUAUUAGACAGCAUAUAGUUCUAAACUUGGACCAAAAGCUCCCUUGCGCUGAAUUAU